CUUGACAACGCAGAAAGUGGUUUUCCAUCUAUAUGAUUAUCAUGAACUCAUAUGAUGUUCAACUAGUGAAGGUUAAAUGGCAUCCCAGAAAGAGGCAUUCAACGCAAAGUGGACGGAGUCUUUAACCAACUUGUAUGUCAGUUUGUUGGUAGAAGAGGUCAAAAAGGGAAAUCGCACCUCUUCUACUUACAACAAAGCUAGGUGGACUAACAUACGGACUGAAUUCAAUAAACGGUCAGGACUCCAAUAUAAUCAAGUGCAGUUGAAGAAUAAGGUGAACAAACUGAGAAAACAAUAUGGUAGUUUUAAGAAGCUUCUUUCACAAUCUGGAUUUGGCUGGGAUAAUGUCAACAAAACAGUUGUUGUUGAUGAUCCAAGUAUAUGGGAAUGUCAUGUGAAGGAUAAUAGUGAGUGGGCAAAAUUCAAAAAGGAUGGGUUUCCUCAGUAUCCUGACUUGUGUAUUGUAUUUGGUGAUACAUAUGCUACUGGAGAGCAUGCAGUGGGAAAUGCUGAAGAUUUGAUGGUGUCGGACGAAGGUGACACUAGUGGUGGUCAUGCAGACUUAGGUCGAGAGGAUGUGAGUGAACACCAUAUUGAUGAGGGAGUCUUUACAUCUGACAAAACUGCUACUCCAGUUCAUGAUAAGCACAAGUUGGAUAGAACUCCAAAUACCAAGAGGAGAAAACAGAGUCACUCUUCUAUUAUUGGUAGCACCUGCAAAGCCUUACAAGAUUUGAUCAAAACUAGGGCAAGUCAAUCUGUGACUGGCUCUAUCACCUCACAGGUUGCAUCACCACCUGUAGACCCCUACUCUAUAGCUGCUGUGAUUGGAGUCCUGGUAAGCAUGCCCGAGUUAGAGCAGGAUCUUUACAACAAGGCAGUGGAACGAGCUUGCGUUAGUCCCGCAUGGAGGGAGGCUUUCAUCAUAUCACCAGUUGAAAGGAGACAUGGACUUCUCCAAUGUCUUUAGUAGAUGUUAGGAAAUGUACUGUGGAUUGCGUGGGGUUUCAUUGACUGUAUGACUAAUGUUGUUGGUUGUUAUUUGGUUUUUUAAGAUAUUGAUGUUCAGACUCUUGCAUUUGUGUGGUGACUUGGGUACGA